CGGGCAUGGCUGAGCCGGGCGGCGAAGCGGCCGAUGAGUUCCGCGAUGUCAUCCGCAGCCGCUCGGAUGAACGGGAAGAUGUUCAAAAGAAAACUUUCACAAAAUGGAUAAAUGCACAGUUUGCUAAGUUUGGAAAACGACACAUCGAAGACCUUUUUAAUGAUUUUCGAGAUGGUCGAAGACUUCUGGAGCUCCUGGAAUGCCUUACAGGCCAAAAACUUGCAAAAGAAAAGGGCUCCACAAGAGUUCAUGCUCUGAACAAUGUCAACAAAGCAAUCCACGUUUUGCAGAGAAAUAAUGUUGAUUUGGUAAAUAUMGGRAGCUCAGACAUUGUGGAUGGAAAUCAUAAGCUGACCCUUGGUUUGAUCUGGAAUAUAAUCCUCCACUGGCAGGUCAAAGAUGUAAUGAAAAACAUCAUGGCUGGACUGCAGCAGACAAACAGCGAAAUGAUUCUGCUGAGCUGGGUCCGUCAAUCGACUCGCAAUUACCCACAGGUCAACGUUACCAAUUUYACCACGAGCUGGUCUGAUGGAUUGGCUUUCAACGCUCUCCUCCACAGCCACAGACCAGACCUAUUUGAUUGGAACGCUGUUGCUUCUCAGCAGUCACCUGUACAACGAUUAGACCAUGCMUUCAACAUCGCCAGGCAACACCUGGGAAUAGAGAAACUCCUUGAUCCUGAAGAUGUUGCAACUGCCUGUCCAGAUAAAAAGUCCAUCUUAAUGUACGUGACUUCGCUCUUCCAAGUGCUGCCCCAGAAAGUCASCAUGGAAGCCAUCAGGGAGGCGGAGAUGUUGCCACGGCACUCAAGGGUCACUAGAGAAGAGCACAUAGAAGUACAUGAACAGCAUUUUUCACAAGAAAUCACAGUCAGUGUACCCCAGGGACCUUCGCCUUCUCCUAAACCGCGGUUCAAAAGUUACGCAUAUGCACAAGCUGUGUAUGUCACAUCCCCUGACCAAAAAAGGAGGCAGGUUCCUCCACAGUUUUUAGGAAGUGUUGAAGAAAAGUCAUUUAGCACCACGCGGAUGGGGGCUGGAACGGAUCUUGAAAAUUACCAAACUGCUUUAGAAGAAGUACUCUCAUGGCUUCUCUCUGCUGAAGAUGCAUUACAAGCACAAGGAGAUAUAUCCAAUGAUGUAGAAGUUGUUAAAGAACAGUUUCACACCCAUGAGGGUUUUAUGAUGGAGUUAACAGCUCACCAAGGACGUGUUGGUAAUGUUUUGCAAGUUGGAAGUCAACUUCUAUCGACCGGAAAACUUUCAGAUGAAGAAGAGAAUGAAAUCCAAGAACAAAUGAAUCUACUUAAUUCUCGUUGGGAAAGUCUCAGGGUAGCAAGUAUGGAAAAACAAAGCAAUUUACAUAAAAUCCUAAUGGAUCUGCAGAAUCAGCAGCUAGCCCAGUUAGCUGAUUGGCUGACAAAAACAGAGGAAAGGACAAAGAAAAUCGAUUUGGAGCCCUUGGGUCCAGAUCUAGAGGACCUAAAACGUCAAAUAGAAGAGCAUAAGGUAUGCUGUGCUGUGCUUCCAAAGGCAUAA